CCUGAAUGGAUUGCACUUGCAGCGCCCAUCAUGGGAGGCGGAGCUACAGCCACUAGAGGGAGUGACAGGCAUGGUGGAGGUGGUGGUGUUUGACAUGCGCGUGCGGCACAUGAUAGGGUACCGCUGGCGCAACAGCAGCAGCACAGACACGACCCCCUUUGCCCAUACAGACAGUGGGGUGGAGGGCAAUGAGGAGGGCAGUGGGCCGCUCUUCUUCUGCUGCACCAAGGAGCUCGAGCCUCUCACUGGCUGCACCGUGGGCCGCCUGAUAGUGAGGCGAGCAGCGCACGAGCCGGAUUGGCCGCAGGUCCUGGAAGCCCAGUUUAUCGGCAACAGCUCGCUCACAGCAACUCUGGAUGCAGAGGUGCACGUACCACGGGCCGGCUUUGUGUAUGUGUGGCUGGCCAUGUGCGAUAAGAACCUGGACAAUACCAAGGUGUUUGGCCACACGGAGUGGCGCGCGCACGGGUGGGGGUACCUCCCUGGCAUGCUGUCAGCACACCUUCCAAUACAAACAGUCAUGUUGGUGCUCUACACCUUCCUCUAUCUCGCCUGGCGCCCCCAGUUCGGUCCAGCCUGGCACUCCCUCGACCGCAACUCGCUCCCUCACUUCCUCACCUUCCUCCUCCUCCUCUCCCUCCUCUCCACCCUCACCACCCUCUGCGACCUCCUCCUCCUCUGCACCACGGGGCACCGAUUCGUUUUAGUCACGCUCGCUGCAGUGACGGUGGGGGUCCUGCAGGGGCUGCUGCUGAGGGGAGUGCUGGUGGGGGUGGCGGUGGGGGUUGGCACGCUGCUGCCAAAAGUAGGGGUCAUUCCUGGCAAGGUGGGUUUGAUGGUAUGGAAGCUGGUGCAAAGCGGGGCUCCUGCUGAGGUGAGAGGAGUGCUGGUGUGGGUGGCGGUGGGGGUUGGCAUGCCGCUGCCAAAAGUAGGGGUAAUUCCUGGCAAGGUGGGUCGGAUGGGGUGCAAUGCGGUGCGCAGUGGUGGUGCUCGUUGGAGGUUGCUGGUGGGGGUGGCGGUGGGCGUUGGCACGCUGCUGCCGAAAGCGCUCAUACCAGCAGCCCUGUACGUGCUAGUGGCGGCUACAUGCGAGGCAGUGAGGACAGUGGGGCAGGUGGACGAUUGGGGCAGCGGUGAGCAUGUGGCUCUGUGCUCCCCCCUCGUGCUCCUGGACCUCUGUCUGGCUGCCUGGCUCAUCCCGGCCGCUCUCACCACCAAGGCGCAGGCGUCAGACAGUCGGCUGCUGAGCACCUUCCGCCAGGCACUGUCAGCAAUGGGGGGCAUUAGUGCUGCUGCUCUCGCCCUCACCUGCUGGGAGCACCAUUGCACCCUAUCCACGGCCUUCCCUAUCUCCCUUACUUGCCUUCCCUAUCUCCCUUACUUGCCUUCCUUAUCUCCCUUACUUGCCUUCCUUAUCUCCCUUACUUGCCUUCCUUAUCUCCCUUACUUGCCUUCCCUAUAUCCCUUACUUGCCUUCCUUAUCUCCCUUACUUGCCUUCCUUAUCUCCCUUACUUGCCUUCCUUGUCUCCCUUACUUGCCUUCCUUAUCUCCCUUACUUGCCUUCCUUAUCUCCCUUACUUGCCUUCCUUAUCUCCCUUACUUGCCUUCCUUAUCUCCCUUACUUGCCUUCCUUAUCUCCCUUACUUGCCUUCCUUAUCUCCCUUACGUGCCUUCCUUAUCUCCCUUACUUGCCUUCCUUAUCUCCCUUACGUGCCUUCCUUAUCUCUCUUACUUGCCUUCCUUAUCUCCCUUACUUGCCUUCCUUAUCUCCCUUACGUGCCUUCCUUAUCUCUCUUACUUGCCUUCCUUAUCUCCCUUACUUGCCUUCCUUUUCUCCUCUUCUUCCUGUCCUAUGCACCUCCUUCCCCCGCAUCUCCCCACCACCAGGCCUAUGUGAAGCUAUCAGACCCCCUCAACCUGCAGUGGCAGAGCGAUUGGCUCAUCACAGCAGCAUGGCACCUUCUCUCCUUCCUCGCCCUCGCCUCCCUCUGCUUCCUCUGGAGCCCUGCCCUCCUCUCCCUCCGGUUAGCUUCUCCCGAGUCAACUUAA